AUGGAAAAGAUAGCAACGAUUAAGGAUGAAAAAUUAGCAGAUAAAAUUGAUGCUGGUGAUAAGAAGAAAAUUAAUGAUACUAUUGAAGAAACAUUGAAAUGGUUGGAAUUAAAUCAACGUCGUGCCGAAACAGAAGAAUUUGAACAUAAAUUGAAAGAAAUCGAAAGAAUAUGUUCACCAUUAAUGAUUAAACUUUAUGGUGGUGCCGGUGGACCACACUUAGGCGCUGGUGGUAACAGUGCUGAAUCAACUAUUGAAUUGAUUAAAAUCAUCGCAAUAGUGCUUGUCGCCAUUCUGAUCAAACCCGUAGCAACGGCAACAUCAGCAACAGCAACAGCAACAACAACAACAGCAACAACAACAUCAGCAACAACAAUAUCAACAACAACAGCGACAACAACAACAAUGACUACUACUGCUACUACUACGUUCUUAUUAUUCACAAUUAUAUUGAAAUAUUCUAUUCAUUGUUAUCCAUCAACGUAUUGUAUUCGUUUUGAUACGAAUAUUGAAGAUCAGAAUAAACCAAUAAUUAUAAAUGUAACUCAAAGUUGGUCACCAUUGGGAGCAAAUCAUUUAUAUGAUAUAAUUCAUUCGAGUUUUUAUUCUGUACCUGCAGCUUUUUUCCGUGUUGUUCCAAAAUUUGUUGUUCAAUUUGGAAUUAGUGGUGAUCCUACACAAAAUGUUCUAUGGAACAAAACUAUCCUUGAUGAUCCGGUGAAGAUGUCAAAUCUAAUGGGUACUGUUUCUUAUGCAACAGAUGGUCCUAACACUCGUACAACUCAAUUGUUUAUUAAUUAUGAUAAUAAUUCACGUUUGGAUGCUUUAGGUUUUUCACCUUUAGGUAUUGUAACAACUGGUUUCGACAUUGUCAAUGCUAUAUUUAAUCCAACACCAGGUAAUAGCGAUGGUGUUGAUCAGGAUCAAUAUUCCACAAAAGGAAAUAGAUGGAUUAUUGCACAGUAUCCAAAAAUAAAUUUUAUUGAAAAAAAUCUGAAUAAUUGA